UUUCAUGCAUACUAGCCGCCACGCAUUGUGAUUUUGGUGUUGACGAUGACUGUUAAGUUUUUGGAUAUCGUCAAGCCGUUUUGUGCAAUCCUACCGGAGAUCUCCCGUCCUGAACGGAAGAUUCAGUUUCGAGAACGGGUGUUAUGGACGGGAAUAACUCUAAUGAUAUUUCUGUUUUGUUGCCAAAUACCACUUUUCGGCAUAAUGUCGUCUGAAUCUGCCGACCCUCUCUACUGGCUUCGAGUGAUUUCUGCGUCAAACAAAGGGACACUUAUGGAACUUGGGAUAUCUCCAAUCAUAACAUCUGGUCUAAUUAUGCAGCUUCUUGCUGGGAUACAAGUGCUCUCUGUUGGUGAUGCACCGAAAGACAGAGCUUUAUUUAAUGGAGCUCAGAAAUUAUUCGGUAUGGUUAUAACUGUUGGCCAAGCUUCUGUGUAUGUUAUGUCCGGAAUCUAUGGUGCACCAAGCGAACUAGGUGCAGGAAUUUGUCUGUUGAUAAUCUUCCAGCUAACGUUUGCAGGUCUUUUGGUUUUGAUGUUGGAUGAACUUCUCCAGAAAGGUUAUGGUUUGGGCUCUGGUAUAUCUUUGUUUAUUGCAACUAAUAUUUGUGAAACUAUUGUGUGGAGAGCAAUAAGCCCUACUACGAUUAACACUGGACGAGGUACGGAGUUCGAGGGUGCUAUAAUAUCGCUUUUCCAUCUACUGGCCACUCGUACAGAUAAAGUUCGUGCAUUAAGGGAAGCGUUUUAUCGUCAAAAUCUGCCAAAUCUAAUGAACAUACUUGCAACUAUUCUUGUCUUCGCUGUCGUCAUUUACUUCCAAAGCUUCAGAGUAGAUAUUGCAGUCAAGUCAAUCCGAUAUCGUGGGCAAUCAACUUCAUAUCCAAUCAAACUUUUCUACACCAGUAAUGCCCCGAUCAUGCUUCAAAGUGCACUUGUCUCUAAUCUUUAUGUAAUGUCACAAAUGUUAGCUAGCAAGUUUCGAGGUAACUUCAUUAUCAAUCUUUUGGGUGUUUGGUCGGAUGGUGAAGGUGGUUCUCGAUCUGUACCUAUCGGAGGAUUGUGUUACUACAUGACACCUCCAGAUUCCUUAGGAGAUAUGCUAGUAGACCCCAUACACGGCAUUUUGUAUAUUGCUUUCAUGCUUGGAAGCUGUGCGUUUUUCAGUAAAAUAUGGAUCGAUGUCUCAAAUUCCAGUGCUAAAGAUGUAGUUAAACAGCUCAAAGAACAACAAACUGUCGUUCCAGGACAUCGGGAGAAUUCAAUGGUGCAUGAGUUGAAUCGUUACAUUCCAACAGCAGCCGCACUUGGUGGUCUGUGUAUCGGCGCUCUUUCAGUAUUGGCAGACUUCCUAGGUGCUAUUGGAAGCGGAACAGGUAUUCUCAUGGCUGUCACAACAAUCUACCAAUACUAUGAAGUAUUUGUUCGAGAGCAAAGUGAGAUGGGUGGUUCUAUGAGCUCUUUGUGGUUAUAAGGAAAUAUCACAAGUCUUUCUUAUGUAUUCAAAUCUGUUUUCGUUGUGUGUUCCAGUCUGCUACAUGUAAAAUGAUUGAGUGGUUAAAGACAUAGAUUCGGAUUGUAUACUAAAAGGCUUUAAAAAGUCAACAUAUUUUGAUUGUAUAUUUUAGCAUUUCUUUAAACCAGUAGUUAUUGGUCAUCAUUCACAUAAUAAUAAAUGUUUGGUUUUUUCUGUGCAGUACAGUAUUUAUGUCCUAAUAUCACUCCAACAUGUACAUUUUGAUCAUUACCUACUGCUUUGCACCUUUAAUUUGUGACCAUUAAACGUUUCAUGCUUUCUUUAGUUCUUUUUUUUCAAAAUAUAAAAAUAUGGUGUUUUUUACAGUCAAU